CAUUCCCACUAAGCAAAGAUUCCAAAUUUUCCUUUCUUUCCGCUCUUUCUAACUUUCUGUUUGUUUCCCGAGAAAAUCACCCUAGAAAAAAAAAAAAGUGUGCUGUCCACAGUUUCCCUACAUUUUAUACACAUUGAAAUGGCCGCUGAAUCGAACUCCAAGAGUGAUAUUUUGACGCUCGAGAAAGUGAGAGAGGCAUUGAUUAAACAAGAAGACACCAUAAUUUCCCGGCUGAUUCAGAGAGCAAACUUCCCUUUGAAUUCUCCGGCGUACGACGAAGGAAAGUUUCCAUCUUUUCCUGGUUCUCUCCUUCAAUUCGUUGUCAAGGAGACAGAAGCCCUCCAAUCCAAGGUUGGUCGGUAUGAAAAUCCAGAAGAACAUCCGUUUUUCCCGAAAAGUUUACCCCUUUCGUUGCUACCGCCUCCGGCAAAUCCACCGGUAUUGCAUCCUGCUGCAGGUUCGAUUAACAUAAACGAAAAGAUUUGGGAGUUCUAUUUCGACGAAUUGCUUCCUCUGUUUGCUGCCCCCGGCGACGAUGGAAGCUAUGCAUCAGCUGCUUCUAGUGAUCUUGACUGCUUACAGGCCAUCUCUAGACGGAUUCAUUACGGAUACUAUGUAGCCGAGGUUAAAUUCAAGGGUUCCCCUCAAGACUACGAACCAGCAAUUCGCGAUCAGGAUAGGGACGGUUUGAUGAAAUUGUUGACAUUUGUGGAUGUGGAAGAGAUGGUGAAGAAACGAGUUGCGAAGAAGGCAAAGGUGUUAGGGCAAGAAGUAAGCCUAGUUGACAAUGCCAAUGCUAAAACCGACAAACACAACGCAAGUGAAAAAUACAAGGUUGAUCCGUCGGUAGUUUCUCGCCUCUACGAAGAAUGGAUAAUGCCGCUCACGAAGCUUGUUCAAGUUGAGUAUCUCCUUCGCCGCCUAGACUAGAUUCAAAGUGUGAUGAAUUUUUUUUGUGUUCAAAAUCUUGUAGUGAUGAAGGGUUCAGGUUUGAACUUUUUAUUGUCUUACGGCGUCAUUCAUUCUCGGACUGAUGACAUGGUUAAAUAAUAAUACUAAGUCCGUAAUGUAUCCUUGUGUGUUUGGAGAUGUGUAUUUACCAUUUUAACUAGCAAGAAUUACAGAAGGAAUCAUACCCGUAUUUUACCAAUGAAA